AUGCCAACGGAGUUUGAAGAUGCCUGGGCUGAAGUCGUGCACAAGUACAACCUGGAGAACAACCAGAUGAUGAUGCAGCUCUGGAGUGAUAGGAAGAUGUGGAUUUCAGCAUAUUACAAGAACAUUUUCUGUGCUAGAAUGACUUCCACACAACGAAGCGAGAGCAUGAACCACGUGCUAAAGAAAGGGUUUGUCAAGGGGACCCAGAACCUACACAAGUUUGCUAGGCGGGUCAAUGCUUGCACACAAACUCGGAUGCAGAAGGAGAACGAGCAAACAAUGACCAGCAUGACCAAUCCUGUGACAAAAAUAACUUACGGCUACGAGGAAGACAUGUCUAUCAAGUACACGAGAGCCGUGUACACCGAGAUGAGGAAUAGGAUGAGAAAAGCCACACUAUUUCGCGCAAAGCGUACAGCAGAGCCCACUAAGUACCUUGUGUACUACCAAAACAAGCCUGGCCAUGAUGAUGAAGAAAGAUUUUCCUGGUCAAAGCAUGAAUUCCAGGUUGUAGCUGACCCAGAGAAUGAAAUAUACGAGUGUGAAUGCAAGAUCUGGACACACACAAGCCUGUUCUGCCUUCACAUCAUGAACAUACUGGACUACCUCAAGCCUGACAAAUUUCCAAACAAGUAUAUCCUCAAACUGUACACAAAGACUGCAAAAUCACAACCAACCUUUGAUACAAGGGACUACAACACAACCGCAUCGGAUGGCAGCUCAAUGCUAUUGAAGCAAGACAUCUUGCUACAGCUGAAUUUGAUGGUUAACAAGAAAGCGAUGAGAUGUGACCAGCAAUAUGACAGAGCCUACUAUGUUCUCAAGAGGAUCGUGGAAGAGCUUGAUGCAAUACAUUCCGCAAAUCAAGCGGAUGCUCACGAAAGGAUGGCUGAAGAGGAUGCUGAAAUUGAAGAUGACCUUCAUUAUUAUGCAGCUGAAAUGCUCAACGCUGCCGCUGAAGCUAACCAAUGCAAGCAGGGUGAUGGCCAAUCAAUGGAGCAGCGACAGCAAGAGACGAUGAAACUGUCGCUGUAUUCUGAAACAAAGGGUAGGAAGAAAAUUAUUGCAGCAAAGAAAAGUGACAAGAGAGCUCAAAUAAAGGCACCACCUGCAGGAAGAGUCGUCGUGCUCGAUGAGAACGGAGUGCCACUCGGACACAGGAAAUGUAGUGUGUGCAACCAGGUUGCGGGACACAACAAGCUGACCUGUCCAACACUCUUGGAAAGAAACAAUGCUGAGGAGGUCAAGCAACCCAAAUCUCAAAAACAGCAGCCCAAAGUUAUGGAACAAAAGAAGGGACCACACCCAAAGAAAGCAAGCAGCAGACUUUGUAGCAUAUGCAAGGAGUAUGAACCACAUAAUGCAAGAACAUGCCCGAAGCUUGCAGAUGCUGAAAAGACAAGCAAAAAGACAGAGAAGAAACAUAAGAAGUUCAUGUACAAUGCCGACAAAAGAUAA